AUGACAAUAUCAAGAACUUAUUUGGCAAUAAAGAAUGGAAUGAAAUCCUAAAUACAAAUAAAAAAAGGGCACCCGGAAUUGAUGAAAAUUUAGCCAAACAUUUGCUAAAUUACAAAAAGAAUACUCCGUCAGAGAUGCGGGAACAAGUAAUGAAGCCUUGGUUUCAGACUAUGUAUAACCAAGAACAACAUUAUGAUUACCAAUAUAUACACCAGGUUUUUACUCAUAUGUUAGAUGAAUAUGAAUCACCAAAAAAUAGAUUAACGCAACAACAUUCGGAAGGAUGGUAUGCAACAAAUAUUUGGAGUAUGUUAAUUGACAAGGCAUUUUUAAAUGUUCUCAAUAUAGAACUUGUUUGUGAAGACACAUGUAGCAUAGCAUCAAGUAAUCGAAAAAACGAUAAUGAACUAUAUAAAAUAAAAGGACAGAGGAAAGCUAUUGGACGUAGAAUUGACGGUAUUUUUAAAAAUACAGUUAAUGGAUAUGAAUACGGAGGUAUCGAAGUUUCCAAAAUUUGUCAAGGACCACAUGAACGCAAAAAUUUGGAUAUAGUCAAGAAGAUGGAAAUAGUGGGUUUAUUACAUUCACGCCUUCAAUUGCAACAACUCCUAAUGGAUUAUGGUGGUGGUUCCUGUUUACGUCUUAAAAAAGAAGAUACAAUAAGUGUUCCGUUACAUCUUGGUGAUGUGAUGGAACUUAUCACUAUGAUUUCUAAUAUACUUCGGGCAAAAUUACGUAUAAGCCAUUGUAUUAAAUUAUUAAAAAAAACUGAGCCUGAGG